AUGACGGCGCCGGGGCCCUCUGUAGCUUCUUCGCGGAGGCAAUAUGAGGCUUGCUGCAGCUCCGCCGUGAAGCAAAUGACGGACGCCCUCAAAACCUCCAGCAGAAUUCUGGAGAGCGCAUGCAUGCAGCCCUUCGGGCCCUUCGGGGAGGGCUCGCGGGCGCUGAGCAGCAACACAGCAGCAGCAGCAGCAGCAUUGGCGGAAGCCGCGCGGCCGCUGCAGCAGCAGCAGCAGCAGCAGCAGGGUUUGCUGCGGCUGGGGACUGCAGGCGACGGUCUGGGGGGCGGGCCUGCGCUGUCUGUACACUCCGUGAGGAGCCAGCGGCAGCGGCAGCGGGAAUGUGUGACAAUAGCGCACACGGCGCAGCAAGCAGCAGCAGCAGCAGCAGCAGCAGCAGAGACGGAGACGCGGGAGCUGCCGGACUACCUGACGAAGCCGGUGUCUGUACAGCUGGGGCUGGAGCCGGACCGCAGCCCCGCGGAGCAGAAGCAGCUGCAGCAGCUGCAGCAGCAGCUGCAGCAGCGGCUGAACCCGCAGCAGCAAAGAGCAGCAGAAGAGCGGCGGCAGCUGCAGCGUGUCCUGGGCUCCGCAGAAGAGGACUUUCAAGAGCCACAAAAGAGCUUAGCUGCUGCAGCAGCUUUCCCGCUGCUGCAGCAAGCAGCAGGAGGAGUUAUAGGCAAGCCGGAGUUUCUGGAGGGCUGGGCGGAGCCUUUUCCCGUGUCUUUGGCUCUCGACAUGAGCAGCAGCAGCAGCAGCAGCAGCAACGCCUUCUGCAACCCCGCCCUCGUCCCGCGCACCCCCCGCUACAUCUCCUCCAGGUGGCUCCGAACCAAACCCUCCAAACCAGCAGCAGCAGCAGCAGCAGGAGCAGCAGCAGCAGCAGCGGAGCCAGGGAAGCAGCAGGCCAGCGGCGAGCCUCUGGGAUUCACUGAGCUGAUCACCUCCAUGGCCCUCGAACGUAAGCCUGUCAAAAGCAGCAGCAGCAGCAGCAGCAGCAGCAGCAGCAGCAACGGCAGCAGCAACAGCAGCAGCAGCAGUAGUAGUAGUAGCGGGAGCUGA